GGCCCGGAAGAGAGGCGCCGAGUCCUUAGGGUCUGACUGUACGCGGCCUCCGUGGCCAACAGUGAUGACAUCACUAUCUGUAGGAGACCCAUUUCCGAGCUGCACCAGAGCAUGAGAAUCUUAUGGAAGCCAUUUGAAUUCUCAAGAAGACUUCUGCAAGCGGAAUGGUGUCACCCCAGUGAACCAAUAUCAUUGUUUACACUGACAAGGAAGACACCGGUACCGAGACUUAGGAAAGCACCUACUAUUUUUUGGUCGGGUCAAAGUCAAGGAUUCUCAACAAUGCCAGAAAUAGAAGCAGGCAUGAGAGAUAGUGAAUUAUUUUCACCACCCUCUAGUGUUAGAGGAAUGACAGAACUUGAUAGAACAGCUUUUAAAAAGACAGUGUCCAUCCCUGUGCUUAAAGCAAGGAAAGAAGUGAUCAACAGAUUGAUGCGAGCCCUCAGGAGAAUAGCCCUGCAGCGCCCGGGCAUAAAGCGAGUGAUCGAGGACCCCAGGGAUGAAGACAGUAGGCUGAUCAUGUUGGAUCCUUACAGGAUGCUUACUGUUGAUUCCUUUGACAAAGCAGAACUCAGUGUUUUAAAAGAACUUGAUGUCAGCCCACAGUUAUCCCAGUACAACUUGGAACUCACAUAUGAAAAUUUUAAGUCGGAAGAGAUUUUGAGAGCUGUGCUUCCUGAGGGUCAGGAUGUGACCUCUGGAUUCAGCAGGGUUGGACAUAUUGCACACCUGAAUCUCCGAGAUCAUCAGCUGCCGUUCAAGCAUUUAAUUGGCCAAGUUAUGGUUGACAAAAACCCAGGAAUCACCUCAGCAGUAAAUAAAACCAGCAACAUUGACAAUACUUACCGAAAUUUCCAAAUGGAAGUUCUGUGUGGAGAGGAGAACAUGCUGACCAAGGUUCGAGAAAACAAUUACACAUAUGAGUUUGAUUUCUCUAAAGUCUACUGGAAUCCUCGUCUCUCUACUGAACACGGCCGGAUCACUGAACUUCUCAACUCUGGAGAUGUCUUGUUUGAUGUUUUUGCUGGGGUUGGGCCCUUUGCCAUUCCAGCCGCAAGGAAAAACUGCAGAGUGUUUGCCAACGAUCUCAAUCCUGAGUCCCAUAAGUGGCUGUUGCACAACUGUAAGCUGAAUAAAGUUGACCAGAAAGUGAAAGUCUUUAACAUGGAUGGAAAAGACUUCCUCCAAGGGCCAGUCAGGGAAGAGUUGAUGCUUCAGCUAGGACUGUCAACUGAAGCAAAACCCUCUGUCCACAUCGUCAUGAACUUGCCAGCUAAGGCCAUAGAGUUUCUCAGUGUUUUCCGAUCACUUUUGGAUGGGCAGCCAUGCAGCACGGAGCUCCUCCCCACUGUGCACUGUUACUGCUUCUCCAAAGACAGCGAUCCUGCGAAGGAUGCUCGGCAGCGGGCGGAAGCUGCGCUGGGCGUUUCCUUGGAGGCCAGUAGUUCAGUCCACCUCGUAAGGAAUGUGGCCCCUAACAAGGAGAUGCUGUGUAUCAGCUUCCAGAUUCCCGCCGCUACACUCUACAGGGACCAAGCCCUCAGUCCACAGAAUGACCAAGAGCCGCCUCUUAAACGGCAGAAGACAACAGGCGAUCCCGUCUCAGGAGAACCACAGAUCACAUCAGAUUCUUAGUUGAAAUGUUUCCUCCAUCUCCCCAGUAGAUUUUAUGUAAAGAAACACAAUGUGUAAGAUAUUGUAAACUUUAACACCCAGAUUAUUUGUUAUGAGCCCUUAUGAUUUGCUUUUAUAAAGGAACGUUACUAAAGUGAACUGAACUAAGAUGAACCUGCCUAGGGUACAGACUGGUUUAUGUCUCCAUCCGCCUUCCCUUUCCUUUGUCUUUAUUAUUUUUGUGGCAGGAUCUGUGUAACUCAGGGCUUGGAACUCAGUCCUCCUGCUUCGGCCUCCCCGCUGUUGGAAUUUCAGGCGUGCAACACUAUUAUUUGGCAUAAUUUUAAAACAGAAUUGGCCCAGGCCAGUCAGGUGGCUCAGUGGGUAAAGGUACUUGCUGCCAAGACUGAUGGCCUGAGCCUGCCCUGGGACCAAGGUGGAAAAGAAGACACUCCUGAAAGUUUUCUUCUGAUCUCAUAUAUGCAAAGUACUCAUGCACACACAUGCACAGAAUAAGUGAACACAUUAAUAAACUUAGAAAAUCAUGUAAGGA